CUUUCAACAUUUUCGCCUCCACAUGGCCACUUAGUUACCGUUGGAUUGGUUGAGUCACAUAUAACCUUCCUUCUCAGACGCCAAGCAUUUCCCGCUUGGAGGAAAACACAGACGCAGAGGGAUGAAGGAAGGAUCUGGAGGAGGAGGAGGGAAGAGGAGUGAGAGCGACAAGGAGAAGACCAGGAUGAGAGAGAGGCAGAGAAGGGCUAUCACCACUAAUAUCUUCCAUGGCCUCAGGAAGCAUGGUGGCUAUCGUCUCUCUCCUCGCGCUGACAUUAACGAGGUACUUCGUCAGCUUGCCCACGAGGCCGGCUGGGUUAUUCACCCUGAUGGCACCACCUACCGCGCCAAGGUUUCGGGUAGCUGUCCCUUGUGUGGGGCUCUUCGUAAAACCGCCGCCGCCGCCAACCCCACACCCACCGGUGGCGCUGUGAUAGCAGCCGGAGGAGAGUGUUCGCCGAUGGCGUUGGGAACCCCUCUGUCCACCAUCAAAGCCGGGUCUUCGUUAUUAUACUUUCCCGAGAGCCUCAAGGACAGUUGUCGUCAACCCAUCCCUGUUCCAGAGUACACGUACCAAGAGCUCUCCGGAGAGGCUCAAUCCAGCAACGGUGAAGGAAGCCAGAAGAAUAGCGACAGUGGCAUUGGGGAAAGCUCGGGAAUGGCGAUGGAGACGAGUCAGGGGAAUCACUUCAUUUAGAGGACUUGAGCAGGUCGAAUCAGAGAAUAAUGAUAGGUCUCCUCCAUAUGACGAAUGAGGGCGAAGGGCCACCAGCUGACAGCCACCGGCGUCGCCUCGUCAUACUGUUUCGUCCGUUUUAUUACUAACAUCCACCGCCGACCAGCUCCCAUGGAUAGUUUAAAGAUUCAACUAGAAAAGAAAUAGUAAGAGUCUCUGGGACUGUCUCCCCGGUUUAUAAUCUUCUCUUGUUUUGGUGAGAGUGUUGAUAGCUAUUAGCUAGGAACGUAGACAAUUGUAGGGU